AUGGUCUAUUCGUGGCCUAGUGACGAACUAUUAUUUCGCGUUUCGCGCAAUCGUUACGUUUCCAGUCAUUGUAAGGUCCCUUUGCUCUCCGCUUGGGACGUUAUUCCCCCCGUCUCCCUCGUGCUCUCCCAUCGCCCGUCCCGUCGCCUUCGCAUCGCCUUCCCGCUCGCCCCUUCCGUCGCCUUCGCGCUCGUUCCUCCUGUCCCUUCUUGCACCUUCGCGCUCGCCCCUCCUGUGCCUUCCCGUCGCCUUCCUCUCUCCCGCCGCCCUUCCUCCCUCCCGUCGCGUAUCCUCUCUCCCUUCUCCCUUCAUCUCUCCCGUCGCCCUUCCGCCUCCCGUCGCCUUCCUCUCUCCCGUCACCUAUCCUCUCUCCCGUCGCCCUUUCUCUCCCCCGUCGCCUUUUCUCUCUCCCGUCGCCCUUUCUCUCCCCCUCUCCCUUUCUCUCCCCCAUCGCCCUUUUUCUCCCCCGUCGCCCUUUCUUUCCCCCGUCGCCCUUUCUCUCCCCCGUUGCCCUUUCUCUCUCCCGUCGCCCUUUCUCUCCCCCGUCGCCCUUUCUCUCUACCAUCGCCCUCUCCCCCGUCGCCCUUUCUCUCUCCUGUCGCCUUUCCUCCCUUCUGUCGCCCUUUCACUCUCCCAUCAGCUAUCCUCUCUCCCGUCGCCCUUUCUCUCUCCCAUCGCCCUUCGUUUAUGCCCUCCCAUCACCCACCCUCUGCGCCUUCGCUCUCGCCUCGAAAUGCCUGCUCCUCCACCUUACGUCACCUUUCCCAAUGUCUCUCCCAACACCCUACCAUUCCGCAAUUUUCGCUCACUCAGCUCUCUCCGUGCGUCUUCGUUCCCGCCUCCCUAUCCCCUUUUUAUCUCUAA